CUGGCCAGAACCGAGUACAGUAGCAAAACAGUCUAAUUUCUCUUUUUAAAAAUGAAAUUAUAAAAUGAAGUAUAUUGAAUUUAAUUGCCAGCAGAAUACUUACUCGGGCAGCGUUUCGUAUGCUAAGGACACAUGUAUUGAAAUAGUAAAUGUACACAUUCUUUUGUAUUUUAUUUCUCUAAUGUCAGCUAUUGUAAUUUUGGCUGUGUCAUUGAGACAUAGGAAAGAGAGGGAGAAGGAGAAAUCCUCUUAGCAUGUCAUUCUUUAGUUAAUUUGCUGCCCACCAAUUCCCUUAUUUAUCCUCUUGUUCUUGGUGCACAGAAUCCUCCCGUUCUUAUUUUUUUAAAAGUUUUGAUAAAUCAGAACAGUAAAUAAAGAACAACACUCUAAAAACAGACUAGUUCCAGACAUGAAUCAAUCAGGGGGCAGCUAACGACUCUGAACAGGCAGGAAGAAGCCAGGAGAUGAAGCUAUUCAAUGCUAACUGGUGAUUAAUUACAACAUUCACACUGGGCAAGAGUUCUUCUCCCACCUUGGACUUUCCACAGAUAUAUAAAUCUUCCUUUCUUAGUUUUUCCCACAUACCUCACAACCUCUGAGGAUGCCUGCCAUAGAUGUGGGCAAAACCUCAGGAGAGAAUACUUCUGGAACAGGGCCAUACAGCUCAGAAAAAACACACAACCACCCCAGUUUGAUAAAUUUCAUGAAGAUAUUGUAAACACUAGAUGGCAGCAUUAUAGAGUUGUUGGUGAGCGUUAAUUCUACAGUAUAUAAAGUGAAACAGCAGUAAUGUCAGUAAUGAAAACAAAUGCAGGUAUUCAAUUUGCGCAGUUACUGUAAUCUUAUUAUUUCUGUUACAUUUUACAAACUAUACACAUAUUUGGCAUUUCCUCCUUUAAAGAAAAUCAGUUGUACCUGGUCAGGUAUAGGCUGGAAUCUAUCUAUAUAUAUAAUAAAAGUGAAAUCGGAGUAUGUAUCAGCGUUUUGAUUGGCCUGGCGGAAUAUGUGCUCGCGUUUUGAUUGGCCGCCACUAUCCCAGGCCACUGAGACCAACAGGAAUGACGGAUCUGCACCAAACUUGGCACACUUCAUCCCCACGAUGCACUUUAUGACCUGCUGCCAUUUGGGGGAGGAUGGACCACAGAUGAUGGGAUUUGCAGUACUUUCAAACACUUUAACUCCCACAGACUACUGCAAUGCCCACCAAUGAUAGAAAUGGACCAAACUUGGCACACAGAACUCCUGUCGACCCCUUUACAUCCUGAUGUAUAUUGGGGCAGGAUGGACCAAGGAUGAUGGAAUUUGCAGUACCUUCCCUCACUUCUUGAGACCACAGCAACUGCCACAAAUCACACAACUGAACCAAACCAGGCACACAUAUCCCAAAUGACACACUUCACAUGCUGCAGCAGUUUGACGGAGGGUGGACCAAGGAUUAUGGGAUUUGCAGUACAUUCAUCCAAUUCACCUCCCACAAACCACUGUGAUGCCCAUGAAUGACAAAACUGUAUCAAACUUGACACGCAGGUGCAGGGUAGCCCACUUUACAUCCUGGUGCAGUUUGGGGGAAGAGGGGCCGUGGAUGAGGGGACUUACAAUAUCUUCAGUCACUUCAUGGGACUACUGUGACCCCCACCAAUGACUGAUCAAGACCAAACUUGGCACAUAGAGCCACCAUGGCCCACUCUACAUCUUGGUGAGAUUUGAAAGAGCUUGGACCUUGGAUGAUGGGACUUGCAGUAUAUUCAUUCACUUCCUGAGACCACUGUCACCCCCAUCAAUGUCUCAUCAAGACCAAACUUCAAACAGAGAACACCCAUGACUCACUCUACACCCAGGUGCAGUUUGGAGGAUGAUGGACCAUGGACGAUGGGACUUCCAAUACCUUCACUCACUUCCUGAGAGCACCGCGACCCACACAAAUGACUGAUCAAGACCAAACAUGGUACAUGGAGCCCUCAUGACCUAUUCUACAUACUGGCUAUGUUUGGAGGGGGAUGGACACUGGACGAUGGGACUUGCAUAUGGGAGUUGGAGCUCACCCGCACCCACUGAACCCAGCUGACAUUGAAUAUAGGCUACACUUGGAACACAGGCAAACAAUGCCUUUCUCAAAUGACCCGGGCAUCGGCGGGUCUCCAAGCUAGUAUCUUAUAAAGAGCAACAAUAGAGCAGAACUAAAAUCCUUUAAACAUUUAGCAUUUCCUCAGCAUUUAAAUCUGACUGACAGAAAAGCAGCAUACAGUGGGACAAGGUUUGGUUCCAGAACACUCCCAUGUAGAUACCCAAAUCUGUGGGUAUCUACGGGGGUGGGGGGUGUCCUGGAACCAAACCUUGUCCCACUGUAUGCUGCUUUUCUGUUUGUUGGGGGGGUCUGAGGGCUGGAUGAUAUAUGGUGGGUCCUCCUUAUCCAUAAACUCUGCAUACCUGGAUUCAGAUAAUGCCACAGUAGAAUUGUCUCCCUUAUAUAAACUGACAAAAGUUUGCAUUUUGGGUUUAUUUUUAAUAUUUUCAAGCUGUGGCUGGUCGAAUCCAUGUAUGCAGAGUUUAUGGAUAUGGAGGGCCAACCAUAUAUCAUUUCACCAGGGCUUAGCUGGGGGAGGGGCACAAUAGGUAUCACUUAAUUUGCUCUGCAUAACUUGAAAAUACUUUUUGGUGCAAUCAGCAACCUUGCUACAUUUUUACACAGUCUUUUUUAACUCCCUUGCCACUGUCUGUAUUGCUGCCCCAGAUCAAUGUAAAAUAGAAGGCAAUAGAAACUGCUGCUAUUUGUUGGGGGCCUGAAGGCUGGAUCACUUUGCCCAACUUCCUUCCCAUGCAAGGACCCCCAUUCCUCAAACACCACUAGACAAGCCAUUGAUCUCUGCCCUGCACGUCAGAGCCCCAUGAAAAUAGGUUUGUGAGGAAUUAUUUUCACUAAAUUGGCCCUGGAGCAUGUGUAAAAAGUGGGCUGGCAUCCAAAGUGCUGCCAUAUUUUCCAAUAUUGUUUCUUGUUGUUUCUGUUUAUACUAAUCACAACCAGGGUAUUGAUAACAUAUCAAUAGUUAUUAAUGAUGAAAAAAUGAAGAGAAGCUGCAACAGUUUACUUUUGCUUAAGUGUGCAAGUGCCACAUUUUUUUUUUAAAGAAGCAGAGAGUGAUUGAGAACCGGGACAUUCGUAGGGAUACCAAGAUGCUUGUUUAUAACGCUAUUGUCCUCCCAACUCUGUUAUACAUAUCAGUGUUGCCUCUGAAAAAAUUUACAAUCUCUGAGGAAGACAGGCAGACAAAUGUUAGUAUGGCGGAAGAAGCAAAAACCAUCAGCACUGAAGCGAUGAUCCUCCACCAUCAACUUCACUGGACUGGCCAUGUUGUCCGAAUGCCUGAUCACAGUCUCCCAAAGCAGUUAAUUUACUCUCUACUCAAGAAUGGAAAACAGAAUGUCGGUGGACAUCAAAAGAUGGGCUUAAACCUAACCUUGAAAAAUGUGCUGUAAACACCUAAAACUGGGAAGCCCUUGCUUUUGAGCGUUCUAACUGGAGGCCAGCUGUUGCCAACAGUGCUGUGGAAUUCAAGGAGGCACAAAUGGAGGGCAAAAGGGAGAAACGUGUUAAGAGGAAGGCGCAUCAAGCCAACCUUUGUCGGGAUCGCCUUCCAUCUGGAAAUCUAUAUCCUCACUGUGAAAGAUAAUGCAAAAGACUUCACUUAUGGACCUACCAUCAAGACUCUCCACUUGGAAGGCAGUCAUACUUGUCCACAAGUGAUAGCCAAUGAUUAUGAGAAAUGCACAGCUCUUUCCUUUUUUCAUCUGUUCCACCUCAUAGAGUUAAUUGAAUGAAAACUAUUUUUUCUGUUUCAUAUCUGAUUGCAGCAAUGCAGUAAUACUGAGGACAUAAUAUCAAGGGUUCAUGGGAGGAAUUAUCUAUUGAAGUUCACUAUGCGCAGUGCCAGAUUUACCAUUGUGAUUAGGUGUGCUUAAGCACAGGGCCCUGUUAGCCAGCGCCCCCAACCCCAAUCUUCCUGCCAAAAAAUAAUUUUAUAAUGGCUUUUGCUUAUGUGCUGCAAUUCUAAAUUUGAAGGCAUUCUGUUUCGGGGUGAUUCCAGAUAUAAUGAUAGAGUUCAUAAUCUAUGGAAGUGUGCCAGAAAGUAGGUAGUGUAGGUCUGCUGGGCCUAUCUCCUUUGGGGCUCAAGUAAGGAAGGGGCUUCAUGACUUAACUAGCACAUGGCCUCAUUUGUCCUAAAUCCAGAUUAUGCUGCUGCCUUUCCAUGCUGCACUUGCACACUCAGUUGGGGUCGCAGGGUUUUAUAAGGCAGUGCUGCUGUUGGGAUCUCCCAUGUCUCUUUGUGGACACUGGCAAAGGAUCUAUCAGAGAUGAUGACAGGGUUAGUUCAGCUAAUUCUAAAUGAGCUAGUUCAGCCCAGAAGGAGACACUGCUAAAUCAUCAUAGAAUAUCCUUUACCAUGAAGAUCAUGUGAUUAAAUAAUAAAAGUAAUAAAAGCACAACAGUGUCGGAAGAUUAAACUCCCGGGUCAGAAAGCCCUAAUCCAGCUACUCAGGAAGAGCUAACAACAAUUACUAGUAUUGCUGUAUCUAAUGAAGUUUCUAGUGGAUUCAGGCUGGAAAGGACAUUCAGCUGCUGACAUGCUCAGAUAUGAAAAACUGCACAAUCUAUAUAUAUAAAAGGGUAAUGAAAUUUUGGCCUAGGACAAAACAACAAAACUACACAUCCCAGAAACACUAAACUUGGCAGCACAACCCCUCAUCCAUGGCUCUACGUUCAUACAACAAAAAGAAAAGAAAAAUAAAGUCCUAAUUAGAGGGAGAGGAAUAAUUGUUUUUAUCCAAUUGCUGCCAGUUAGAAGGCUAAGCUCCGUCAGGGGAAAACCUUUACCCUUUACCUUAACUACCAUCAAUACCUCAAUACUUUAUUUCCCAUACCACCAUACUUCGCCACAGCAACGCGUGGCCAGGCACAGCUAGUAUAUAUAUAUAUAACAGGAACAUGGCAUGUGAAGAGAAAGGACUCAACAGUGGCAUUGACGGGGACGUGGGUUUAAAAAAACAAUUUUCAAAAAUAAGUUAAAAUCUUGCAUAAUAGUGAAAUGAGGGAACAGCCAUUUUAAAUUUUUUUCAUGUUUGGAAAAUGUUGAAAAAAUGAAAUAGACCAUAUGAUAAACAGAACUGAGAUGUUGUUUAACAAUUUACUUUGCAUUACAAGUCUCUAUUGCCUGAACCCUAUUGGUAGUCCCAUUUAGAGAGAACAAAUUGGCUUCACUGGUUUUUGUGUUGACUCACCAUUCACCUUUUGCUGAAUGGGUCUACUCUGUCUGAGACUGCUCAUAGGAUUCAGACCUAUAUGCUUGAAAUUAGCAAUUUUCAAACUUUGGUCUUCCAGAUGUAUUGGACAUCAACUCUCAAAGGCUCCAGCCAACUUGUCCAGUAGUCAAGAAUUCUGGGAGCUGGAGUCCGAAACACUUGAGUGACCAAAGGUUGGGAACCACUGCUUUAGAUAAUUACACAGUCUCAGUGGUAAACAUUGGCCCAUCAUGAUAGAUGCAAGUUCCUGGUGUUCUGACACCUUCAGUACAAGGGAUAGUGGUAGAUAUUGUCUAGAAUAAAGUAAAGCAAUCUAAAAUGGAUUCUAUUAAUAUGCUUUAAUUGUUGUUGUUGUGUGCCUCCAAGUUGUUUCUGAUUUAUGGUAACCAUAUCACAGAGUUUCUAGGAUUGGGAGUGUGUGACUCAUCCGGGAUUAACCAGGAAAUUUCCAUGGUUGAGCAGGGGAUCAAAUCCUAGUGUCCAGUGUUGUAGUCCUACACUGUAGUCCCACACUGGCUAUAACUGUUAUACCUAACUUUACCUCAAGACCUAACAGCAUGAGUUCUUGAAAAGAGCACCGAAUUCUGUAAAUAUAAUGGCUUUAGACCUCAUACUGGACAAAGAGAUUAUGUUUGUAAUGGAGAACUGAAAUGCUAUGGUCUCUUUCACAGGCAUUGUCCUUGUUGCUUCAUUGCUGUUCUUUUUGGGAGCAGGGGAAUAAGGGACUAAGCUUUCUAUGCGUGCGAUGGAAACCUACAGACCUCUGAUUCCAGCAAUGUCAUUUUUAUUUUCCUGCGUAUUGUUUUCCUACCAUUUUUGCCUGAUGAAGAAACCAGCAAUCUUCAAAGGCAAGCAUAAUGGGCGUUUGCACCUUCUGGGUGGCUCAAUAAAAGUAUCAUCAACAUGUCCUUCAGAUUUUGGAUUUUGUUUAAUGGUCAACUUGGCUGCGCCCAUAUAUUAAUCUCUUUGAGCAUCCGCAUUUCAGUCCUGCUUCAUUGAAACUGAAGGAUCCUUUCCUAUUGACUUCAAAGAGAUUGUUUUUCAAAAUUUUUGUGCAAGUAUUUGUUGGGCUCCUUUGAGGCAGCCAGCAUAUGCUCCCUUUUGAUAAAGCUGCUUUCAAAUAAUGUGAGUGUGUAUGGGUGGGAGGCGGAGGAAGGGGACACAAACAAAUUUCUACCUUACAAAGUACUUGGUUCAACUGUUCUGUAAUCCAAACACUUGGAAGACAAUUACACAGAGCUCUGACAACAUUGCCAACCCACUGCAGUGUGCCUGAUGCCAAACACCAUUGUUGUUUUAUUGACCAUGUUCACCAUUACAUAUGCAUAUGAAAAAACAGAAGCUUUUUUCAUCAGGAUUACCCUAAUAGCAUUAAGAGAUUAUUUUUUAAAUUUUAUUGGAAGAAAAUUCACUUAAAUGAGAUUACUUAUUACUUGACUGGUUUCCUAUCAUGCUGUUGUGUUUAGGUAAGUGGAGUCCAUUGGAGUAUUUUUUUUUAAAACCCUCUGAUUUUAUACAUUAAUGAUUUUAAAUAAAAGAAGUGUUAUAUUUGUGCACUGGUUCUUUUGAGAAAGUUAAGUCUGAUGUUCUGGUUAGAGGAGAUAACACUUUCCGUCCCUCUUGGUGGCCCCCCUGGUGUCACCAUUAGUUGCUAAUUACUUGCAAACAAAUAAACAAUUAACUCUCGUGCCUCUUGGUGGGAGAAUCUUCAUUGACAUGCUAAAACUUUCUAAUAAAAGAUUUUAAUUAAUGACGUGGCAAAUCCAACCCCCUUGUCAACAAAGCUAUAAAGAAGACUUGCAAGGAAAAACCUGAACUAUGGGGUGUUUGGUGCCUAGGCUGAGGACACAGGAAUGGCAGGGAGAUCACCAGGCUCUCAUAAUGCAACUUCUCACAAUCACCCAAAUAAACCCAGGUAUGGGGAAAACAAAAGCCCGCCUUGUUCAUUUUCCAUUGAAAGCAUUUUGGGGAUAGAGCGGAAGAAAGAUGGCACUCCAACGGCCAAGCCUCACAGGCCCUGGGUGGACAAAUGCAAUGAUUUAGGAGAGGAUUGCAACCCCUGCCUGCAUAUCCCUUCCAUCGCCUAUGCAAUUCCUUUGUUUAAUGCAAGAAGCUACCCAGAGGCAGAAGAAAGAGUUCUCAAAUGUGAAAACUAUUUUGCAGUCAAUGAAAGGCUUUCAUACAAAAGGGAAUUAAGCUGGUACAGAGGUAGGAGGCCGAGGACCGCAUUCACCCGAAACCAGAUCGAAAUACUGGAAAGUGUCUUUAGAGUGAACUCUUAUCCUGGUAUUGACGUUAGAGAAGAACUAGCUCAAAAACUAGAUUUAGAUGAAGACAGAAUUCAGAUUUGGUUCCAGAAUCGCCGAGCAAAACUGAAAAGGUCCCACAGAGAAUCCCAAUUCCUAAUGGUUAAAAAUACUUUCUCUCAAAACAUGAUAAAAUAAGAAAAAUCCACAGAACUCUCUGGAAUGGAAUUAUGCUGGGUCUGUAAUGAUGGUGCAAUCAAAUAAUUAUCAGAUUAAAAUGUGCUUGGAUAUUUCAAAUAGUUUUGAAAGAAUGUAAUGAUUUUCCUGUGCAAAAAUAAAAUGUAAAUACUACUGUAACAUUAUUCCUAUUUAUAGUACGGCAACUAUUUAUCUUCCAAGUUACAUAGAAAUGUCCAGGAAGAAGAAUAAAUCCUUAUUUUUGUGGUUAACUGGCCCAAGGUGCUGAUGAUGCAUUCCUGAGAAUCACUGAGACUUUACAUGCAUCCCUGCAACUUUACAUUAAAUUCUAUACAUUAAUUUUCUCAGUAUCUGUGCCACUGGUCUCUUGAGAGUAGUGUAUCAAUUCAUAUUACACAAUCAAAUGGAUCCAUUACUUUUAAAGAUUACUCUUGUUAAUUAUUGAUCAAUCACUGUAAUAAAUUAUUGAUUAAUUAUUGUUAAAGAUCCAAGGCUCACCUAAAGGGAUUGUUAAAUAAUACUACAGUUAACAACUUAUCAGAAGUGACUUUGCUUAUCUAUUUCUCAACAGUGACAAAAAUGUAUAUUUUGAGUUAUUACUUUAAAAAAAUCAUUCUGAAUGCUGUAAGCCACUGACUCUUCAUAAAAAUAUCAUGUCCUUCUACCCACCCUGUCACUAUAUUAAGACUGGCAACAGACAACAACAUUUGGCAUGGCACACAUUGGUGCUUGGAUUAUAUAAUAUUUAUCUGACAGCAUUUUGUGAAGCUACACUGAAGCAACCAAAUUAUUACCAGUGCAGAGGUAGUAAUGAAUUCAUCAUGUAACUUUAGCUAUGGCUUCCUUGUUGGGUUUAGGACCUGACUAUAGAUAACCUGGUAUUUGCAUAGUAGGCCUGCUUGUUAUGCAAGCUCAUUGAAUACAGUUUUAUUUAUACAUUAAGAGCUUUGGACACCAUAUAAUUGUUCUGGAGAAUCUAUUGAUGCAUAGUGGCGUUGACCAUAGAAUCACACUGGAGACCAAGAGAGAACACUUUCUUGCUCCACCAGAGCAAUUAUAUGGUAUGCUUCACUUGGAAUCUCGAGACAUAAGAAAGAGGGUUCCAGAUUGAGGUGUUGUGUGGUUUCCGGGCUGUAUGGGUGUGCUCUAGCAGAAUUUUCUCCUGACAUUUUGCCUACAUUUGUGGCUGGCAUCUUCAAAGGAUUAUGUGGAUUCCAGAUUAUGUGAAAAUUGCAUUCCAGGAAGUGUCUUUGAGCGGAUCCUCCAUGUAAUAUGCAGGCCUACUGCAGUUGUUUACUUGCAAGCUCUGCAAGGAUUUAUGUGUAAAACAAAGGUACAAGGAAGGAGUCCUGUCCAUGCAGAAGCUAUUCUCAGCAGCAGCCACCCAUCAUAUGUGAAAGUUUUGAACUGGCACUUCAUAAGCACUGUUUUAUGUGUCCCAGAGGUUUAGUGUCAUGGCCAGUGUCCCCAGGAAAUAGAUUGCUCCUGUGGUUAUCUUGUACUUGAUUGAGAACCACUUCAUUUCUGCCCAGGAUUUGUAUGCACCAGUUGACCCAUACCUACUACAGUACAAUUAGCUCUACUCACACUCUCAUUUGAUCAUUCAGAAAACACAAUAGCAUUAUGCAAUCAUUCUUUGCUCUCGGAAGAAACACAAUUGAAGUUAUACUGGGAAUGCGUAAUUCUUCCCACAUGUUUUGUUUGUUGGUAAAAUAGCCAGAGUCCACACCAGAGUAUCAUUACUCCAACUUGAUGAUUUUGGAACUUUCAGUGAUUGAAAAGGAGCAAGAGCUGCAAUCCUGCACACAAUUGUGCUCUUUAAACCACAGUUUGUAUCUUGUGAGCAAAAAUGUACCCAAAGAUGUUAAGCUUUUCUUAGCCAUGCAGUCACUUGUUUGCUGUUUCUUUAUGUAUCUAAUUUUUUCAAAAAAAAAACAAACAGUCUAGGUAUGAAAGAAAUCAGAUGCUGGAAGGCAGUCUAAUCUAGUUUAAUCACUGUUUUACUUAAAAGGCAACAAACAUUGUGUGUGAUGGUGUGUGUUUGCAUUAACAGAAUAUGAAGCAGAACUAAAAAGUGCAAAUGCUUCAGCAAUUAUCUUGAAAUGUAAGUUCCAGUAUGUUAAAUUAUCAUAUUGUUUUGUUUUGACUGAAGAUCAAAAUAAAUACAUGAAAAUAGUUA